AUGGACAACCGGCCCGCUUCCGAGUACGCACAGCCAGGUUCGCACCACCCAAACGCCGUCACCGACGCACCUUCUGAACAAAAACCCGCAGAACAAACUUCUGCUGCUGCUGCUCACUACACCCCGCAACCCGAGGCCCGCCCCACGCCGCAGUAUACACCGCAGCCUGAGGUUCGACCCGCCAAUAUUUCGUCGGCCAACACCCCUCAGUCGGACUACGGUCUGAACCCUCCGCCCACCGCCCGCUCGCCUGGCUACCAGGAUUACCUUCACCGGCCUCCUCAGUCCUACGCCCCCAACUCCCAACCCGGCGGUGCGCCAGGUAUGGCUCAAGCAACAAGUCCGUUCACCAACACCUUGCCUACGGGCCCGCGCAGUCCGCACUCAAAGUCUGACGCGCCCGUUCCUAUAGAUCCUUCGCUUCCGGCCAACAGCCCCACCUAUCCUCCUCCCUACUCUCCUUAUCAACCUCAGGGGCAUGAGAUGGCGCAGUACCAGGGUCACCCACCUCCGCCUCAGCAUAUGUACGCACGUCCGGAUUGGCCUCAUAGCUAUGGACAACAGCAUCAUGGAUUGCCGGGACCUUAUGCUUCCCCGGCCACAACGGUUGGUUCCACCUCUCCUGUUGGUGUACUCAAGGGGCCGCGCUCUCCAAAGGUCUAUUCUUUUGUCCCAAUCCCUGGCGCACAGCAGCAUAAGCGCCCUCGUCGUCGUUACGAGGAAAUUGAGCGCAUGUAUAAGUGUGGAUGGAACGGAUGUGAAAAGGCAUAUGGUACUCUAAACCAUUUGAAUGCACACGUGACUAUGCAAUCGCAUGGCGCCAAGCGUACUCCUGAGGGUGUCGCGGGGCCCGCAGUAGCGUGGCCGACGGCGUGGAGGCUAAGCUUGCCUCUUAUCCCUUUCCGUCCCGGCACUAGCCAGCAUCGUCCACGCUAUUUCCCAUUUUGGAAACUGAUCAUUAUUAAGCUCACUGCUGACUUUGCUCUCUUAGAAUUCAAGGAAAUCCGCAAGGAGUGGAAGGCUCGCAAGAAGGAGGAAGAUGCUCAGCGCAAGGCUAUCGAGGAGCGUGAGCGUGCUGCCGUCCAGGCCGCCCAGGCCAACCAGGUCGAACCUCCGAACCCCUCUGACCCAUCCCACGGACAGCCGCCUCCUUACGCUGGUGGAGUUCGCCCUCAACUCCCUCCGAUCGGGUACCAGCCCGCAGACAGCCAGGUCCCCGGCCAGUACGGUGGUCCUCCUGGCAGCGGUAUGGUCUAUCAGAGUAAUGCACAGAUAGCCUACCCUCCCAACUACCCUCACUCUCCCUACCAGAGCGGACCGGGGUACCCGCAACGUGAGUAA